CGGUGCGGUUGCUGGUGUGUGCGGUGCUGUGCUGCUGUGCUGCUGGUGGUGCGGACCGUGGAGCGGCCGGAGCGGUCUGGCCCGGAGUGUGUCAGUCGGUUGGCGUAUCCUGUCGGCGUUGCGCGGUACACGUUGCGGGUGUAUGACACUGCGGCGGCGGCGGCGAGCCGAUAGCGAGCCGAUAGCGCAGCAAGCCAGUGUGAGUCAGAUCGGUGGCCGACGAGGGAGAGGGUGCGGUGUCAGUGGGUCCUGCUGCUCCACCAUCACGUCGUCGUCGUCGGUGGCGGCGAGUCUGCUGAUCGCGCGCUACUGGUCCAUGUGCUCUGCUGCUGACUAAAAUGCUCAUCAAGGAAUACCGUGUCACUCUGCCGCUCACAGUGGAAGAGUAUCAAGUAGCUCAACUGUACUCUGUAGCAGAGGCUAGUAAAAAUAAUACGGGCGGCGGAGAGGGCAUUGAAGUGUUGAAGAAUGAGCCGUUUACGGAUUAUCCGUUACUCGGUGGAAAGUACUCAUCAGGCCAAUAUACAUAUAAGAUUUAUCACUUAGCUAGUAAAGUGCCUGCUUUCAUUCGCAUUUUACUGCCAAAGAACUCGCUGGAGAUCCACGAAGAGGCUUGGAACGCUUAUCCCUAUUGUAAAACAGUCAUAACUAAUCCAGGGUAUAUGAAGGACAACUUCGUGAUCAUGAUAGAGUCCUUUCAUAUUGGCGACGUCGGCAAUCAGCAUAAUGUUCACGAAUUGCCGCCCGAUAAGCUUAAGAUCAGAGACGUAGUGCAUAUAGAUAUUGCCAACGAUCCGGUCGCUAGUGCCGAUUACAAGGAGGACGAGGAUCCGGCCAAGUUCAAGUCCCAGAGGACGGGACGGGGCCCACUCGUUGGGAAAGACUGGAAGCAUAAUGUUCAACCUGUGAUGACGUGCUACAAGCUAGUCACUUGUGAAUUCAAAUGGUUCGGUCUGCAGACCCGCGUCGAAGGAUUCAUUCAGAAAGCGGAACGGCGCCUGUUUACCAAUUUCCACAGGCAAGUGUUCUGCUGGAUAGAUCGCUGGUAUGGUUUAACCAUGGAGGACAUUAGAGCAAUCGAAGACAAUACGAAAGAAGAGUUAGACAGGCAAAGACAUCAAGGUGAAGUACGGGGUAUGCGAGCUGACGAUUGAGGCUUCGAUAGCUUCUAUUAUGAACGGUUAAAUCAAUUUCCUUAUACAUGUCAACACAAAUACAGACGCAUACCUACAGAUGUACACCCUGUUACGCUCUGUCAUAGAUGAUUCCACAGGAUUCGGACGAUUUCUGGAAUUUACGUGUCUAGAUUCAGUGUCUAUUACAAAUUACUUACAAUUUUAAUUUAUUUUACAUUUACAAGCGUUUUAGAUAAAUGUAUCUACAGUCAAAGAUUAUUAUAAUGUAGUUAUUAUUAUAAAAGAGAAAAAAGAGAGAUACAAAAAUGGGAAGGAAUCGGAGUCAUCUGGCUCUCUUGUUUAAUGCAUAAUUAUGAAGGGAAAUCUAGUUUCGUGAAAGCCACGAUAUAGAUAAAGAGUUAUGAUUACUUAACAGCAAUUCGUAGUUCGAUAAUAAUAGGUAUUGAAGUUCAAUUAAACGAACGACAAAAAAUGCUUGCUGCAAAGUACAUAAAGAAAAAAAAAACAAAGGAAAUAUGUGAUUUAACAUCGCGAGAGUUUGAUCGUAGUUAAAUAGUUAAAAAAUUCCACAGUUUAAUAAUAUUAAUGUACAAUUGAAAAUCUAAAUGUUGCAUAUUAACGAUCUGUAUCUCGAACUAUCAUUUCAACCACGAAAGUGUGAUGUAUUAGAUCGUGUAUUUUUCGGAAGAGAGCUCGAGAGUAUUUUCUCAAUUCUACGAAAGUGUAUAUGUGAUCAGGAAGCUCGAUUUGAAAAAAAAAAAAAAAAGUUUCAAGGAUCUUAAAUGUGUAUCUAUAGUUAUUUCAUGGGGUCGUUCGACGAUCCCACGAGGCAAGGUACUACGGUAGUUUUCAACCUACAAUGUUCCUCCAUUCUUUCGGUUCCGUUUGUUUUAUCGACGAACGCGAGACGUGUAUCUGUACCUAUCCCCUAUACGAAGUUAGGACCAAACUGAUGGAUUUUUUUAAUUAUACUGCGAUGCUAAACACAGUAACGCGCGUUAUUAACAUACUACACUAAACUACUCUAAAUUGUUUACCGAGAACGGGGGAGGUGAUGUAUUCUAUUGUAAAGUGCUCACACAACCGAUAUACAUGUACACACAUAUGUAGAAAAGCAGAGUUUAGGCUAUUUCAAUAUUGGUGGCAACAGCGGGUGAACGGCGAAAGGGUGCGUUAUUGUAUAUAUAUAUAAAAAAAGAAAGAGGCAUAUACACAAAUGAAAUUCAAAUUCAAAUUAUAUAUAUACAAUGUUUCUUUGCAUUCCAAUGGAUCUCUGAGUACAACCGACAAAGUAUUCCGGAACGCUGCUCGUAACCCGUUGCACAGCCUCUAUCAUCACGAUCAUCGUUAAAUUUUAAAUUUAUCCUUCAGUGUGGCAUUGAAAAAAAAUAUAUAUCGUGACAAAAGAUAAUUAUACGACUGUCUCGUUUCCGUCGUGACAGGAAUAAAGCUCCGCUAUAGACAAGAUAUAUUUUAGUUUGUUUGGAAAAGUGAUUAUGCUUAUUUUCGCUGAAUCGAAUUCUAGAACGAAAUGAGAGUACAGUAGUCUUUUAAUGGGUUGUGAACACUAACGUGGAAUCGCAGCAGCGUUCCCACCUAGUGAUAGGAUCUCUAAUUAAAUAUUAUAAAGGGGGAAAAAAAACAGUAAAAUGAAGUAUAUAAUUUAACUGUCAUUUGCACAAAGUAAAUGUAUUCUCUGUAUUUUCUCGUUGGGAGGCAUGUAGUCUAAGGUAUAGCCUUUAUCUUCGUAUUCACGUGCGAACAGUGGUAGCCGCAACGGUGCACAUAGUAUUUGUACUCAAUGUACACCAGGCACACACGAGAAAACAGAGAAACCCUGGGCACGUAUUUAUUCGCCAUUUUAUCGACGAGGAAAAACCGAUCGAAAUAAGGCACAUCUGUGUCGUUCAAACAGGCUCGUAACUUUAAUGGAUGAGUCCGCCUUUUGUUUCCACGACGACUGCGUCGUUUUGUUAGACAUGAGAGUUUCACACAUGUACGCGGGUUCACACACACUACACCUGUUAUCUUACGAUAAUAGUUACUUAAAUAGAUAGGCUCUAGCUGUUCCUAAACGUACGACAAGCAGGGUAGAGAAGAAGUCGUGAAUAGAUAGAGAGAAAAAAUAAAUAAAAGUGGAGAGGAAAAAAAAUUCCGUAUCGCUGCCAAAGGGCUGACAGUGAAAUACCAGAUGUGUAUGUGUAUAUAUGUAUAUAUGCACACGUGUAUAUGCGUUUCCUUUUCUUGCAUAAACACGUAUAUAAGUACGUGUGUGUGUGUAUGUGUUUGCGCGUAUGUGCGUAUGUCGCUCUCGAUCCAGUCAAGUAUUUAGUCAAGAGUUAAUAAAAUUAGAAGGAUA